UAAUCAGCCAGAGGAGAAGUCCUUUGUGGAGGAGCUGGGAUUGACUUAGCACGGGAAGCCUGACACACAUGGCGACUGCAGGGAAGGUGAUUAGAUGCAAAGCUGCAAUCUUCUGGGAAGCUGGCAAAGGAGUUGCUGUUGAGGAGGUGGAGGUGGCCCCCCCAAAGGCUCAUGAAAUCCGAGUGAAGAUAGUGGCCACUGGGAUCUGUCGGACGGAUGUUCAUGUAGGGAAAGGUUUCUUCCCACACGUGGACUACCCAGUUAUAGCUGGCCAUGAAGGAGCCGGGAUUGUUGAAAGUAUUGGACCAGGAGUCACCUGUGUAAAGCCAGGUGACAAAGUCAUUCCUCUUUGUAUUCCCCAGUGUGGAGAAUGCAGCUGCUGUUUGAGUCCUAAAACUAACUGUUGCCUCAAGUCCACCCUCUAUGAACCUCUUCAAAACCUGAUGCCAGACAAGACUAGCAGGUUCACCUGCAAGGGGAAACAGAUUUACCACUUCCUGUGGACAAGCACCUUCUCUGAAUUCACAGUCAUACCUGAGGCUGCUAUUGCCAGAAUCGACAGUGAUGCUCCUCUGGACAAGGUCUGCCUCUUUGGCUGUGGGUUUUCCACUGGCUACGGUGCUGCUGUCAAUUGUGCCAAGGUGGAACCUGGGUCUACGUGUGCUGUCUUUGGCCUGGGAGGUGUUGGUCUGUCGGUUGUCAUGGGCUGCAAAGCAUCUGGAGCAUCCAGAAUUAUUGGGAUUGACAUCAACAAGGAUAAGUUUGCCAAGGCCCAAGAGUUAGGAGCCACUGAGUGCCUUGCUCCCCAGGAUUUCCAGAAGCCCAUCAACGAAGUGAUUGUGGAGAUGACUGGCCUUGGUGUGGACUAUGCCUUUGAAGUAAUUGGACGCACGGACAUCGUGGCCGCUGCCCUCGCUUCCUGCCACCUGGGUCAUGGAGUCUGUGUCCUGGUUGGGGAACCUCCUGCAGGAUCGCAGCUCUCCAUCAGUCCUUAUCUUCUCCUCACAGGGAGGAAGCUGACUGGGUGUUUGAUUGGAGGCUGGAAGUUAAAGGAUGUUCUCCCUCAACUGGUUUCUGAUUACAUGAACAAAAAAAUUAAUACUGAUGCAUUAAUAACCCAUGUAUUGCCUUUUGAGAAAAUUGGUAAAGGAUUUGAACUUCUAGACUCAGGUAAAAGUAUUCGCUCCAUCUUGUUGUUUUAA